GACCCUUAGUUGUCAGGAGUGUGUGGUCGCGUGAGGAGGACUGGAACCCACGUGCGGAGAGGAUCGGGAACCUCAGAUCCAAAAAAUGAACAACUUAGUCAGACGGGCGGCGCUUGCCUGCCUCCUGCUAGCCUUCCUAUGCUGCAACUCUGCAGCAGGGCAACACCCAACGCUGCCGAUCCUUGACAUGGACAAUCUCCCAGCCACCAAUUUUACGUGCAAGGAAAAGGUUAUUGGCGGCUACUAUGCAGAUGUUUACACGGGUUGCCAGAUGUUCCACGUGUGUACGCUUGAUGAAAAAGGCGAGAUCCACGACUACAAGUUCCGCUGCCUGAUGGGGACGGUUUUCGACCAGGAGACGCGCGUGUGCGAGCGCGCGGAUGACGUGGACUGCAGCAAAUCCGAGUCGUUUUUCCAUCUCAAUAACGAGCUUUAUGGGCCCGGCAUCAUCCCUUCCUCGGCCAUUAUCAGGAUCAGUGACACGAUCGACGACCCGACGGCGAUUGGCGAGCACGCGAGCGCCGCGUCCUCCACGACCACACAGCCGCCCUUCGUGUUCCCCGUGACGAGCUUCUCCUGCCACGACAAGAUCCCGGGGGGCCUGUACGCCGACGUGGAGACAGGCUGCGUCGUCUUCCACAUCUGCUCCGUGGAACCGGAUUCAAGCACGAAAGACAACAAGUUCGUCUGCGGCGUCGGGACUCUCUUCGACCAGACGACGCGCACCUGCCAAGCCGAGCGGGAGGUGGACUGCGCGCGCUCGCCCUCGCUCUAUUAUCUCAACGAUCCCCUCAGAGGACCAGUCUUCCUGGAGCUUGAAGGCCAGUUGCCGGAACAGCAGUUCGAUUUCCCGCGCAUCCCCGUUCACGAUUCCCAAAAUUCCCGAAGGGUUAAACGCGACAAAGACGACGCCGUGGACCUGUGCCGCUGGCGUCCCCUCGGCUCCCCUCUGGCGGACCUGACGAGCCAGUGCCACGACUACACGGUGUGCGAGCAAAGGGGCGACGGAAGCCUGGUCGAGCGGAGGCUGCCGUGCAAGAAGGACUUCCUCUUCUCGCAGCUGAGGCGGCGCUGUGUUCCUGAGAAGAAGGUGAACUGCGCCAAGGAGACCCUCGGAGAGAUCCUGGGCUUGGGCGGUGCGAGGCAGAGCCCCUCCGGCAGCAGCAGCAGCAGCAGCAGGAGAAGGCGAGCCGCCUCUCUGCUUCUGUCACACAGGUUCCGCCGAGCCGCCCUCACGCCCCUCGCCAACUUGGUCCCGACCCACGCCGCUGAGGACGCGCGCGUACGUCGGGCCCUGUACAGCCUGGCGGCCCUUCAGCAGUGGGCGCAGGAGAACGCCCGCCACACGGCCUUUAUCAACGUGUACACUCUGAACACGCGAGGCAAGGAGGGCUACUUCCCCAAGAAGGCCUCGGGCGCCGGCGGCCAGCAGGAGGGACGCAGGUACGGCUACAUCAGUCGCAGCAAACGAGACGUGAACAACGCGACCGUGGCAGAGCAGGCGCUCCACCAGAACGGAACCAAGGUUGCGGAGCUCAGCCCAGACGCCGUCAGCAGCCCGACGGACGUCCGCGAGGAGAUCCGGCCGAACCCGUCCGUCAUCGGAGUCGCCCCGAAGAUGACGGUGGUGAGGCACACGUCCGCUCCCGGGUCGGGGGUUCCUCCCGUCUCCAGCACGGUGUCCUCGGCCGUCCCCUCGCUGCUGACGACCUUGUCCACUCUCACCAUCAGUGGGGCUUCAACGCGCACCUCCAAAACAACCACGUCAACCACCACGGUCACAGUAACGCCAUUCACCGUCACCAUUACCACAACAGAAACCAAAAUCAUCCCCACAGAAACAGCGACUGUGAUAACGAGCCAGGCUUCAGGCAGCCCCACCAGCACCAUAGCGCCUUCGCUCACAGAGACCACUCCUCUCCCGACCAUGACUCAGAUCCCCGAAAUUGCGCCUCCUGUCAAUGUUGCUGACGUAGGUAGUGCAACAGUCGUCAGCAGCAGUCCCUCAGAAACCAAACCCGAAGCCGUGACACCCGUUACCGAGGCCAGCUCUUCUACCCCGAGCGUUCCUCAAGAAGCAAGUAUUAGCCAGGAAGGAACUACUACCGCUGUUCCUGAUGCACAGAACACAAACAUAACUACAAGUAGAAUAGAAACAGAAGUAAGUUCAACUGUUGCAACCACCACAGUAAGCUCUUCUACGGAAUCCUCUGCAGUAGAAGCACCAGUGAAUUCGAAAGCAGAGAACACCACAUCUGCUACAACAGAAUCUUCUGCACCACAAGCAGUAGGGAAUUCAACAACAGAAACUACCACAGUUUCUUCUUCAACGGAACCAACCGUGACAGAACCAGCGGUCAAUUCCACGGAAGUGAAAGCACCCGAAAGCGUUCCGGAAGCCUCAACAACAACAGCAACAACAACAACUACCACCACUACUACUGUUGCCAGUGCUUCGACCUCAGGGGCAACUGUCAGCCCACCCCCAGCCACGUCACCACCAGAAGGCGCUGAACCUGCCUUGGAAGACGCCCCGUCAGCCAACGCCACAGCCACAACAAGCCAGCCCCCGGACUUCAUGGUUCCUGAGGGAAGCGUCAAUGUGUCUACCACGGUCGUACCUGGGGAAGGGGACACGCUAGCCAACGGAACCUUAGUCCAGCCAACGCCAGCGCCACCCACGCUGGGUACCUACACGAGAGACAACCUCCCUGAAACUAGCUUCACUUGCAAAGAUAAACAGCUGGAACAGUUCUACCCAGACCCAGAGGCCAACUGCCAAGUGUUCCACUAUUGUUCACUAGGAUUUAUCGAACAGCAAGUACUGGAUCUGAAGUUCCUCUGCACCGGCGCCACAAUGUUCAACAUAAAGACCCAGAAGUGCGAAGAUAUGGCUAAUGUCACCUGCAGCUUUAAUGACACUACUACAACACCACCACCACCUACUGAGCCAUCAACCAUCGCAACAGAACCGUCAACAACAACAACAACAACAGUAACAACAACAACAACAACAACAGAAAUCACAACACACUCAUCAUCUACAACAGUAGCUACAACUACCACAACAAGGCCUGAGUUAUCCACAUCAAAAACUCCGGUAAACACAACAGAAGCACCAUCAGCUACAACGGGAGCGCCCUCGACCACACUGGCAGCUAUAGGAGACCCAACAGAAGCCCCGGCAACCACAACAGAAGCCCCAACAACUACAACGGGAACACCGCACGAGGGUCAUCAUCAUAACUGGAAUGCUACAAGGCCAGACGUAGAAGCUGCUAAGAAUGAAAGUGUUGCUGAGGAGAAGACAGCAGAGAUCGAGCCGGUCGAAACCACAACCUUGGAGCCCGAGGUGAGAGAAGUGACCGAAGUAGAAUUACCCGAAACUGAAACCGUAACGGACAGAGUUGCGAGGGAAGAAGUGUCAACCAGUACGGAGGGUUUGGAGUUUACUUUUGAGACAACCACCGAAUACUUCCUGGUGGAAGAGCCGGAAAUCAACACGGAACUCGGACCGAUCGUCCUCGCUCCAAGCUCCGCAGAGGAGCCGUCAGUGGGAAGCACGAUAAACCCCGAAACCUCAGAGACUCCCGCCAGCACAACAACACCCGUCACAGAAUUCCCCACGGACGUGUCCACACAGGAGAGCAUAUCGCCCCAAACUCCAGCGCCCACAGAAACCACGCCGCUGACGGAGGAGGUCGCUUUAGCCAGCGAGGAGUUAGAAUCGAGCAUCGUGUCGAUAGCCCGAAACGCCUCCAACGAGUCGAAUCACACUGCUUCGACGUCCACUGAAGCGAGCCAGACCGAAGCGGCAUUGUAGGGUCCGUCACUCGACUGGACGAGAAGGGUAUUAAAUGGCGUGCUUCAAGUCGCGCCUGUAAUAACACUAUUAAUUAUUCUUCUGUUCUCUCUUUUUGGGGGUUUAUUUAUUCUGAGAGAUUAUCAGUAACAUAGGUUUAUGUGAGAGUUAUACCUGUUACCCGUGGUAUUCCGUGCCAAAAAAAAAAUAAUAAUAAUUACCUACUCUGGUUCAAGGAGCAGAAAAACAUUCCAAAAAAAAGGUAUUAUUUUCAUCACUGUGAUACGUUGCUAAUGUAGGUAUUUUGUGAAGCAAAAGGGAAUUUCUCUUUAACCAUUAAUCUACCAAUAGAACUCUUGUUUUUUUUUUUUUUUUUUUUUUUUAUCUUAAAAAGAAAGUUGACACAAUCACUAGACCAUGGUUUUAAAAGUCACAUGUUCCAACUUUUUAUUUUUUUGUUUUUUCCGUAUGUCAUAUUAUGGGGGGGGGGGGGGAUUGAAACGAUGUAAGAAGUAAGAUAAUUUAGCAAAUUAGCAUGAAGGCCAGUGGUGGGAUGUGAUAAGGUAAAUAAGGUAGCUAAUUUGAACUCAGUGUAAGAACAUCCGAACUACAAUGACACAGUAUUAAAAAAAAAAAAAUACAAUGACACAGUAUUUAAAAAAAUAAUAAUUACAAUGACACAGUAUUUAAGAAAAAAAUGAUUACACAGUAUUUAAAAAAAAAAGUAUGUGUUAUUGUACUGUAUGAUAAGUUGUUAGUAAUUUUGAGUCAGAUAAGGUUGUGGCACAUUAGGCUAGUAGGUAGCUUAGAAAUGGACUCGUGGUAAAUGUGAGAAGAUUUUUAAAAUGUAUUUAUUUGGGAAGUUUGUUAAUUUAUAUAUAUAUAUAUAUAUAUAUAUAUAUAUAUAUAUAUAUAUAUAUAUAUAUAUAUAUAUAUAUAUAUAUAUAUAUAUAUAUAUAUAUAUAUAUAUAUAUAUAUAUAUAUAUACUGAAUCAACGGAACUACCACCAUUUUACCUAACUCGUUUGUACCCUUGAGUGGCAUUUUCUGUACUGAUCAUUUCAGGAUUAUUAAGAAUUACACUUCUAUGAAAAUAAUAUCUUAUCACAAGUCUGUUUUAAGAGCCUUCCAGGGAAUACCGUCUCCUGCUAUUUAGUUAACAGACUCAGUCUUACUAGCAGCUUAUGAGAGAGUGAAUGGUUGCAACGUGCUACAGACGACUGUUAUUAACCCUUUCAGUUGAAUUACGGCCGAGGAAAGAACAGGAUACUUUUUUAUUUUUAUUAUCUUUAUUACUGUAAAUUUCACAUCAAAUGGAAAAAAAAGCACCCCAUUGCAAUCCGUUGAUGUUUCAGUUGAUUAGCAGAAUUUACAUGGCAUUCAUUAUAUAUGCAAAUGUAUAUACAUGCAUAUGUAUGUGUAUAUAUGUAUAUGUAUAUAUCCCACAAUGAGAUGAAUCCCAACCAUUCUCUAGACAAAUUUUAAUCUCAGAACAACCGUAGAAAAUUCAGGUAAUAGAUACUUUUUUUUUUCUUAAUAGAGAUUUUUGUUUUAAUAUGCCACACCCAAUUUUAUUCCAGUGGCUCACCCACACGCAAACAAUUUUUUUUUCCGCUUGAUAGCAAGACACGUAGAGCAAAUAUCCUUAUUGUUCGUUAUCUCGGCCUAACAUCACAUAGUGAGAUUUACAUUCCGUUUACGAAAGCUUAGACAGGAAACUUCGGCGAUAUAAAUGGUAUAUAUAGUUUCUUCUUCUUCUUCCUCCUCUUCUUCUUCUUCUUCUCCAUAAUCCUUUUUCGUCCUUACCCGUUAUUCAAUAAGAUAACAUAUUUUCCUUACCUUUAAAUGAGAUAUCUUUUUACAAUCACCGUCACAAUAUAGCGAAACAUCGAUUUCUAGUUAGCACAGACUUGUUACACAUAAUAUAUCAUUAACAUCAUCUCCUUUGUAUAUUACAUCAGUGUCAAUCAUAUCAGAUAGAUAAACAUUUAAGAAAAUAGAGUCUGUUUCUUAUGAUAAUAAUUCAAAUUUAUUAAUUAAAAGCGUUUUUGCAUUACUUUUGGCUGACUUUAGUUAGAUAUUCACCUUCUAAUAUUAUAUAUACGUUGAUUAUAUGCACGUAACAAUCAUUAUAAAUAAACAUGCAUAUAUUUAAGAGUAUAUUAGGAUUUACCUCCCUUUUUUUACAUAUAUAGUGUAAAUUUCUGAUUAUGUUUAACGUAUUGGUUGGCCUAAGAAGUGAAUAAUAUUUUCGAGAUAAAUGUACUUUACACCAGUAAAUAUGAACGGUAACUAACAUAGGUAAGGUAAAAUGUAAGCAUCCUUUAUCUUUUUACGAAUCAAGAGAAAUUUCUGGACAUUAGGUCACAUUAAUUGUCAUGCUAAGUGAUAUUUUGAAAGCGUGUGUCAUUGUUGAGAUGGAAUGUGUAAUAUUUUUAUAAACAAAAUCAGAUAUCAAAUAGUGGUAAGUACACAAGCAAUGGUUUGUAUAAGUCACAUAAAACUUGGACGAUGAGGGGUCAAGGCAAUCAAAUUGUAUCACAGCAGAAGACACUAUCAGAAUCUAAUCCUCUUUAUAGCGUGUGUACCAUGGUGAGCGUGAUUCGAACUUGUUCACGGAAACCCAGAGUAGUAACAAAACAAAAAAAAAAUUUGAGAUGCCUGUCUUCCAGGUGCUUGCAAUAACGUAUUACUAUUAUAAUACACAUUUUUGUAACUAAUGAGGAGAGGCGAGGGAAGAGUCAACAUUUUCCUUGACGUUCCCUCGGCCUAAAUCAUGUUCCUUUUGACAUAGAAGAAAUAAAUGACUAGGUCCUUUGAAGAAUGAUUUUUUUGCUUGGGUAGAUGGAUUUCACACUAGGGUCAUGUUAUCAUUGCCAUUUUACAGAAGCUAAAUUUUCUUUUUAUUAAUGUUAUACCCGAUUCACUCAGAUUUCAUACUCAAUAGCCGUGUACCUGACCAAAAAAAUCCUUUUUAAAAGUAUUCCCUCCUUGCUACAAGGCAAUUCUUAAGAGAUGAUAAACUUGCACAUGGCUUAAUCUUCCUUUUACUGAUGACAUGUUUAGGCCAUGUGCAGCGUUUAUACAUGAGUCGCAGGGUUCAAGCCUGGUGAAGAAAACCAGUGAUUAGAGAGAGAGAGAAGACAAUAUACGAGUUUAAGGAUGUAGGUCUAUUUUGUGAAUGUGUUUGGAUUGGAGGAAAGGCUACGUAGACAUUAUAAAGCGUUAAUCUGUAUUGCACAUUUUUUUUAAAAGAUGGUUAAUCCCUCUUGAACUGAAAAUAAAUAAAUAAGAAGUGUGUGUGUGGCGAUUUUUGCGUUGGUAUAGUCUUGGAGAAUGUAAUCCCAGGUAGAGAAUUACACUUUUUUUUAAAUAUAAUUCCAUCUGAAAUUGAAAAUGUAAUGGAAAAAAUACCGUAGAGUAAACAAAAAAAAAAAAAAAACAGACAAGAUAGGCAUCCUCCAGUCCACACAGAAGCAUCCAAACGCAUCCAUUCUGCCGGUGAUGUGUUAGGAACUCGAAAGCCUUUAACACACUUCAACAAGGUUCAAGUUCACCACACUGUAAAUAGAAAAUGAACCUUGCUGAAUCCUCAUUUAAGGUUUUACACCAAACUUUGAAGUAAAAAUGAGCAUUGGCUGCUUUUUUCUUGCAUUUGUGAUUAUGAUAUUUAUUAUAGCAUAUAUCAUCCCUGCGUUGUUUCUAUUACUGUCUCCUUGCCUCAUAAUAAACAUGGUGACUUCAUGUUCA